UGGAUGCAUUCGGCGCUCCGCGACUCCCUGGCUGCGCGCGCAGGCGGUGGGCCUCUCGCUUCCGGCCGCGGCGGCCUCAGCGCUGGCCAGACGGACCCCUGCGGCCGGCCUGCCUGAGCGGCAUGCGGCGCUGAGGCGCAGUGGAUCCCGCGGCGCCAUGAACCUCCUGCCCUGCAACCCGCACGGCAACGGGCUGCUCUAUGCCGGCUUCAACCAGGACCACGGGUGCUUUGCGUGUGGGAUGGAAAAUGGAUUCCGAGUCUAUAACACCGAUCCACUAAAGGAAAAAGAGAAACAAGAAUUUCUAGAAGGAGGUGUUGGCCAUAUUGAAAUGCUAUUUCGCUGCAACUAUUUAGCUUUAGUUGGUGGUGGAAAAAAACCAAAAUACCCUCCAAACAAAGUGAUGAUCUGGGAUGACCUGAAGAAGAAGACUGUGAUUGAAAUAGAAUUUUCUACUGAAGUCAAGGCUGCCAAAUUACGGCGAGAUAGAAUUGUGGUUGUUUUGGACUCUAUGAUCAAGGUGUUUACAUUCACACACAAUCCCCAUCAGUUGCACGUCUUUGAAACCUGCUAUAACCCUAAAGAAAAGCCUGCAGAGAUUUUAACUGUGAUUGCACCUACUCUGCAGAUGGAUAAAGGCCUCUGUGUCCUGUGCCCCAAUAGUAACAACUCACUCCUGGCCUUCCCGGGUACACACACGGGCCACGUGCAGCUCGUAGACCUGGCUAGCACCGAGAAGCCACCAGUGGACAUUCCCGCCCAUGAGGGCGUCCUGAGCUGCAUUGCUCUCAACCUGCAGGGAACAAGAAUUGCGACCGCAUCUGAGAAAGGGACCCUUAUACGAAUAUUUGAUACUUCAUCAGGGCAUUUAAUCCAGGAACUGCGAAGAGGAUCUCAAGCAGCUAAUAUUUAUUGCAUUAACUUCAAUCAGGACGCUUCCCUCAUCUGCGUGUCCAGUGACCACGGCACGGUGCACAUUUUUGCAGCUGAAGAUCCAAAAAGGAAUAAACAGUCAAGUUUGGCAUCGGCCAGUUUCCUCCCAAAAUACUUCAGUUCCAAGUGGAGUUUUUCCAAGUUUCAGGUUCCCUCAGGCUCUCCGUGCAUUUGUGCCUUUGGAACAGAGCCAAACGCUGUCAUUGCAAUCUGUGCCGACGGCAGCUACUACAAGUUCCUGUUCAACCCCAAGGGGGAGUGCGUCCGGGACGUGUAUGCGCAGUUCUUGGAGAUGACCGACGACAAGCUGUGACCCUCCACCAGGAGCGCGAGCACCACAGCCCCCGGGCGCCCAGCGGCCCCUCGAGCUCCUGGGGUUGGUGAUGAUGGGCUGGAGGGACGGCCUGGGACCUUGUUGCGAAGCCAUACGUGGUCGUCUGUUUUCCAAAGCCAGACCUCCCGAGUCCAGUGUUAAAGGAAGAAUCUUCAGGGCAUGUGGACACUCACACCUGACCGCUGGCUUCACCUUUCGUUCAGCCGUGACACUCACUUCAUUGGUUCUGCCACAUCCACCGCCUGCAGCCAGGGCUCCGGACAAACUGGGGGCGCAUUGCAAAGAGGAGGGACAAAGUGAAAUUUGUUUGUGGUGUCAGAUUCCAUCAUUUUUACUGAGUCUGUACCGGGGAGGUGAACACGUGUAAAUGUUGGUUCUUUCUCACUAGAUGUAAGUGGGAUAAUCAUACCAGCAGCCUUAGGAAAGGACGAAGGAAGCCCUGCUCCCAUCUAAACUGAAGAAAAUUAGAGGACACAGGCCUGGCAUCUUCCUCAAGAGCUGCGGGUCGCACGUCCCAUCUCAUUGGAGCCAUUGGAACUGAGGCAGCACCAGGCCCACCCUGUGAGCAGCGUCUGUGGCCUCCUGGUGAAGCUCUGGGUCAGAGGGAGUUUCCCUGUCACGCGCAGGGAACAGAGCAAUGCACAGCCUUUAAAGCUUGGUCAUAGAAGACGGCGUCACUGAAUUUGGAGGAUACGAAGGGAAACGGGCGUCUCGACGAAGCCGUGCCCGGCCUCCUGUGGGCCUGGAGCGGAUGCCUCUGCCGCCCCAUUCCACGUCCCUUUCUCACCAUCUGCUCUCCCCGUUUUUAAGAAUAGCUGCACACUAAUGUUCUGGGAACGAGAGGCACAUACUUUUUUUAACGUUUGGUAACUAAAACAGGUUAUGGGCUCUAUAUUAUUAGUACUACUUGAAGUAUAUAUUUAAUUUUCUUAAAUUCUCUUGAAACUUAAUUUUAUGUUUUGGUUUCAGGUUGCAAACAUUAAAAUCUGCAGCAGCAAGUUUUCAGUUUUGCCAGUUUUUUUACUGUCAUGUAAUCAACUAACUUUGUCUGUGGAUCUUAGUGUGACGUUUGCAUGUUACUUUUAUGUGUAUUUAAUCAUGAAAUUUAAUUUUGCACACUUAUUUGUAAUGUUUCUUUUAAAUAAAAGUGACUAAUUUUGUUGUAUUCUGUACCCAGCAAGGGAAAAGAAUUGUAUGUUACAAAACCAAAGCCCCAGUUUUAGACCCUCGUUGCACUGCAGGCUGCAGGAGCAGCGCAGCGUGCUCUGUGCCUGAACUGUCCAGGACUGCGGGGGGCCGGGUGGACACCCUGCUACCUGUGCGGGGGGCGGCCUGGCUCCGGGAGCAGAGGGGAAGAGGGUGACGUUCACUGACAGUUUCCAUCAUCUCCGGUGGGGAAGCUCUGCCUGAGGUCCUUUUGGGGGACAUUCCCCUCUGGGGAGACGCCAGCAUGGUGUUGGGCCACCUGUCCGUGUCCGUCCAACACAAGCCCUAACGUUGGGCCCAGGAGUAGGAGGGGUCCUUCACGUUUAUGUGAUCAGCAGUUUAUAUUUUCCCCAAAUACAAUCUCUUUACUGUAUCCAAAUAUACAUUAAACUAGGAAAAAGUUUUGUGAAGGAAGUGUAGGUGUCACGGUGUGUGAUGCGCUUCAGGCUGGUGAGGAAAGCUGGGCUGAGUGAGGAGCCAGUUCACCGGCCCUGGGAGAAGCUGUAGCUGGGACAGCCCGGAAUGUUCCAGCACCUCCAUUAAGAGUCCACCGUGUGGGAGCAGGUCCUGGCUCUGCCACACUGGGCACAACCUUGCCUCCUUUAUAAAAUGGCAGAACAGGGACACCCUGGGCGAUGUGCGAGUGACCCCCACCAAGGGCGCUGGUUUGUCUUUUGGGGGUUUCCCCUCGGGACAGUAAAGACACCACGUCUCACCUGGGAAACGGCCUGGACGAGGCUCCCAGGGAGCAGGGUGAGGUCUGGAGGGCCAAGGUGGCUAGGCACUGGCCACCCUCCCCAGGCCUGGGCGUGGGGCCUCAUUUUACCGCCACCAGGGACGUGACGGAAGAGCCGUCCCUGGUGAGCGGGCUGUCGGGCGAACCUUCCCCUGUUCACUUAGUGCAGCAGCAGACUUGGUUUUUCAAACUAAUAACCACUUAUUUGUCACCUUAUGUGGAGAAGGGGGGUUGCUCUAAGCCGGGGCCGGCUCCACUUCCUCCCUCGGCUGAGUCCUGCCAGCCCCUGAACGUGGGUACAGAGGGACACAGAUGUAAAAAUCCUGCGUCCAGGGCUUCCACAAGCCCCACUUGGUGGCUGGGCUGGACAGGCCUGGUUUGUUUCUCCCGCAUGUGUCCAUGGGAACAUCCAGGAACCACCUCACGGGGCCCUGCUCACUGGACUCUCCUGCCUGCUUUCCAGGCCUUGGACGGGGAGGGCUCCCGUGUCUCAGGUGGGGACGGAGCCUUACAUGCCCUGCAGCCGCCCCCCGCCGCCCCCCCUCCAACUCGUGUGUCCUCUUAGUCCUCAGUGGCGAUAACCCCACUCACCACGGCCUGGAGGGUGAGGCCCACUCCCCCCUUAUUCUGUAGCUUGUGAGACCAAAGCUUCUCAUGCUUGCAUUUCUCUUCUGCAACCAAACCAAACUCCUAGGAGAUUUCACACAACUUGGUCCCUGGCCUCUUUCCUUUCUUUCUGUAAGAGGCAUUUGAUCAAUUAAAAGACUUUUGGAACUUGGGCUAAAGUUUUGCUCUUCAAAAUGGAUCAGAAAAUAUUUAUCAAAAUACAAAAUGUUCAUUGUAAGAUAGAAAAGAACAUAUAGAAGAAUAUAAAGUUGGAAUCAAAAUCACCCUGAGCUGCCAUCUCCAGAGAAGACCACUCUCAGAAAGCCCAUGCCCUCUGGGGUGAAAUCUGAAUUAUUAGCGACAUUACAGGGACCAUUCUUUAACUUUUCACAACUCAUGGACAUGUCAGGACAUACUGUAAUUGCCCAAAGAUGCCUAUUUGUAUUUGUUGCUUUUGUAAACAUUUUGGAAAUGGAAAUCCUUGUGCAUACAUGUUUACACACUUGUCCACCCGUUCCUCUGAAUAGAACUGGAACUGCCAGGCCAGAGAGUCUGCACGUACGAGAUUUAGUAAGUUUGCCACCUCACCUGCCAUGAUUCUGUCCGCUUCAACAGCCAACACCUCACAUCCUCACCAGGACCAGGCGCUGAGCACAAGCUUUUUAAUCUUUGACGGAGAAGAAAGAUCUCCGAUUUCUAGCCAGGUUGAACAUUUUGGAAUACCUUUGCUGGCCAUCUGUAAUUAUUUUGCAAAUUGCUUAUUCAUGCCUUUGCCUAUUUUUCUGUUGGUGUAUUUUGUCUUUUUUAAUGAGAACUUUAAAAAUAAGUUCUCCCUUGUCCUUUUUUUCGCUUUGUGUUUAUUUUGAUUUGAGGGGUUUUACUUUGCUGUGUAUGUAUCUUGAAUUUUUACAUAGUCUGAUCUACCAGCCUUUUUCCUUUAUGGUUUCUAGUAUUGGCUCUUGAUUAAAACAAAACAUUUUUCA